CCACAGGCACAGCUGAGAGUUUGUGUGUCAGGAGCACACGAGGCUCUGCACUUCGGGUCAGCUCGGAGCUUUCCUGGUGUCCCUGGGACAUCCCUGGCAGAGUUAUCCCAACACCCCCCCCCCCCCCCCGGAGAUGUGAUCGUGGUACAGCCCGGAGAAUUCCAGGUUAAAAAGCCGAGGGAUCCGUGUUUGCAGGAGCCACUUUGGAGUUGGAUGUGUCCUGAGCAGCGUGUGACCCCAGCCAGGCAAGGAAGAGGAGAUACAUCUCUAAUUCCAACCUGUGUCCAGAAGGAAGAGGAGAGGAACUGACACACAGGACCUUUCCAAACAGGCAAGUUCAGAUUCUCUCACCACUUCCUCUCUUGGGGCAGAGACCAGUGACUGGUAUCAGCUAUGGACUUUGAAGAGCCCUCAUAUUUUGUCCAAUGUUGAUGUUAUCUAGACAGGAAGAUGUCUCCAUCAGUGCAGCUCUUCCGAGAUCAGAAGUACCACGAGCUGAAGGGGCAGUGCCUCCAGCAGGGCCGGCUCUUUGAGGAUCCUGAGUUUCCAGCCUCGGAUGAAUCCCUUUACUACGACCCAGCAGCAAAAGGCAAAGUGGAAUGGAAGCGGCCCAAGGACCUCUGUGAAGACCCCCACCUGCUUGUGGAUGGAAUCAGCUCCCAUGACUUCCACCAGGGCAAGCUGGGGAACUGCUGGUUUGUGGCUGCGUGCUCCUGCCUGGCUCUGAGGAAAAGCCUCUGGCAGCAGGUGAUUCCAGACUGUAAGGAGCAGGAAUGGGACCCUAAAAGCCCAAGGAAAUACGCUGGGAUUUUCCGUUUCCGUUUCUGGCGCUUUGGGGAGUGGACAGAGGUGGUGGUUGAUGAUCUGCUGCCAACAGAGAACGGGGAGUUGAUCUACUGCCAUUCCAACGUGAGGAAUGAAUUCUGGAGUGCUUUGCUGGAGAAAGCUUAUGCUAAGCUGGCUGGAUCCUACCAAGCCCUGGAUGGAGGCUGUGCUGCAGAAGCCCUGGUGGACUUCACUGGAGCAGUGGCAGACUCCAUUAAUUUGGCAGAGGGCAAAUAUGGAGAGGUUAUUCCUGAGCAGAUGAAACUGUUUGAAGACUUGAUGAAAGUGCAUAAAAGAGGAGGGUUCAUCAGCUGCUCCAUUUCGGAGUCCUCUGGCCGUCCCAGUGAAGCAGAGACAGAGAUGGGGCUCAUUGUGGGCCAUGCCUACUCCGUGACUGCCAUCAGGAAACUGCGCCUCGGGGAGAGGCUCGUGUUCUCCUUCAAGGCACAAAAACUCUUCAUGAUCAGGCUGAGGAACCCCUGGGGGAAAAAAGAAUGGCAUGGUGCUUGGAGUGACAGUUCUGAAGAGUGGAAGAAAGUCAGCGAUUCUGAGCGCAAGAAUUUGGGGCUCACUGUUGAGAACGAUGGAGAGUUCUGGAUGACGUUUGAGGACUGGUGUAAGAAUUUCACGGAUGUGGACAUCUGCAGGACUGUGAACACCUCCUUCUUCAGCCUCCACAAGACUUGGGAGAAGAAAAUUAUGUAUGGUUCUUGGGCACAGCAUCCAGAGCCUCUGCUGAACAGAUCUGGGGGCUGCUUUGAUAACAGAGAGACCUUCCUGCAGAACCCCCAGUACCUCUUUGAUGUUAAGAAGGCCGAGGACAAAGUGUUGGUGUCAUUACAGCAGGAGGAUCGGCGCAAGUACAAGAAAGAAGGGAAAGGAGACAACAUCACCAUUGGCUUUGAAAUCCUCAAGGUGGAGGACAACAGGAGGUACAGGCUGCACAAGCUCACGGUGCAGGAGAGAGUGGCCACGUCUCCCUACUCCAACACACGCAGCGUGUUCCUGAGGAGCGUCCUCCAGCAAGGCCGCUACGUCCUCAUCCCAACCACCUACAUCCCAGGGGUCCCCACCAAAUUCAUCCUCAGGCUCUACACAGAUGUGCCCUCAAAACUCAGGGAGCUGAAGGCAGAUAGGCCUGAAAUGACGUGUUGGAGUCUUCUUUGUGGCUACCCACGCAGAGUCACCCAAAUCAAAGUCCACUCUGCAGAGGGUUUGCAGAAACAAGACAGAUCAGGAGGAGCAGAUCCCUACGUGCUCAUCAAGUGUGAGAACCAGAGCCGGCGCUCCCCAGUGCAGCACGACACCACCAGCCCCGUGUUCAACACCCAGGUGAUCUUCUACAAAAAGGACAUGGACAGUCCUGUCACCAUCCAGGUGUGGAACAGCAGCCUCCUGAGUGACCAGCUGCUGGGGCAGGCGGUGCUCGCAGCCUCCCCCGCUGAGCCCCGCGAGCAGCGGAGGCUGCGGCUGCGGGGCAGAGGCGGCGGGGAAGCAGCCGAGGUGCCGGGUCACAUCAGCGUCACGGUUCUCUCCAGCGACGACCUCGCCGAGCUUUGAGCGCCGCGGCCCCGCAGAGCCACACGGAGCUGUCACCUCGCGGCAGCCGCGCCGGGGACUCGGGAGCACAGGGUGCACAUCAGCAUAAUCGCUUCAAAGGGGAAAAAAAGCCCUCCAACUCUGUACAUUAUCAUUGGUAAUGGGCGGAGAGGCGCUGGGAGAGGGGGAAAUGCAUAUUUAUACAUAGCUAUGCUCGUGAUACAGCUCAUGCAGUGGGAAAGGGGCCAAAUGUAACGCUGGCAGGUAAGUUCAGGAGGAUGUAAGCAUCUUCCCAGCAGCAUCGUUGAGGAUGCAGGCAGGAAUGGCUGCAGCUCCAUCGGGCACCCACCAGCAGCUUGGGGACUGGCAAGUACAAGAGGGAUUCAUGGGGAUUUUUUUUUUUCUCCCCAUAAAAGGAUAUAAAUUUCUUGAUGAAUUUCACUACAGAUUAGGUGUUUCUACUCCUUGGUGAAAAUGUCACUACUCGAGGAGCUCAGUCAUAGCUCAUGACCUUAAGACCAGUUUUGCCAGGACAACAU